ACAAAAAAAAUUAAAAGAAAAACAUGAUCAUUUGUAAAUUUUGUAUCUAUAUUAAUGAUCUUCGGUAUUAGAGUCUUAAGAAGAUACUUUGGUUUCAUUGUUAAAACGUUAGACUUUCAUUGAGCUAAAGUAGAGAAUUUAGUUCAGAUGAAACCAGAUAACAGAAUAGUUCAGAAGUUCUUGCCAAAAAAAAAACUGCAAAGUAAUUUUUAAAAUUUAAAUAGAACAAGGAUUAACAAAAUGUUGAAACGUCAGAUAAUUCUAUUACUAUGUCUUCUCUACGUUGGAGAUACAUUGGCGAAAUCUAUUCGCCCUACUAGCUAUGACUACGACUACCUAGUAGAAAGUCGCAAAGCACCCAAAAGUCAUAGAGGAAAAAGUGUUACUACUACUCCUAGGCCACUAUUACAACAGUAUUGGCAUAGUUUUGUCCGAAAUUUACCCACACUGCCACCGAUCUCAUGGAAUAAUAUAACAAAUCCUAUAGGUAAUCUUUUCAAUGCAGGAGCUCAAGAAAUCAUUGAAACACCAGUAGCAAUGCAUUAUACAAUGGAUGAACAGGAAGGACCCAAUAGAAGGCGAAGAACAAAAACUUCUAAACGAAAAUCGUCAAAGAAAAGUAAAAAUGGCAAAGGAUUACAAUCGAGAAAUUAUUAUGGUUAUGAUGAGGCUUACAACAAUGGCUAUCAAUAUACACAAUUACAAUUGCAACCUUUGGGUAUAGAUCAUAAUAGAGUAAUGCAUUUCUAUGAUCCUGUGUCAGGACAAUAUUAUGCUUUGCAACAGGAGCCACAAUCGGCUUAUUAUAAUCAGUAUGGUCAUCAAUAUACCAAUCAAUACAAUAGUUACGGUGAGAGCGGUUAUGAUGACGAUGAUAAUGGAGGUUCCAGUAGUGAUGAUUAUCACGAUGAUAGUUAUGGGGACUAUAGUCAUAAUGGUUAUGAUUCAGAGCAGGGAUACGGUUCUGACAAUGGUUACGAAGCAGAAGAGGGUUAUGGCUCAGAUCCUGGAUAUGAUUCUGAAUCGGGUUACGAAGCUGACGACGGAUAUGUUUCCGAUCAUGGUUAUGAUUCUGGAGAUAGUUAUGGAAGUUCCGAACAUGGUGAAUACGGUUAUGACAGUGGUGCAGAACCUUAUGAUGACGGUCAUAUGGAAUAUAAUGAUGAUGGUGUAGAAGUCGUCGAUAACUGGGGUUAUAAUGAUGAGGAAAUUUUUGCUGACAGAAAACUAAAAGGAGGAUCUGUAGAUAAUCUCGAAGCUAUUGCCGGUAGUAUUAUUAAAAUUCAAAAGCAUCUCUUAAAACCAGAAUCCGAAGAAGAUGUAAAACUUUUACUUUCCAAUGUAAAGAAACCAAACGAGACAAAGGAUAAGACCUCGAAGAAACCACUAACACAUGUAGUAAAUGAAACCAUAGAGAAACAUGAAGCUAAUGCUGUUGAAUCAGGACGUAAUGUUUUGGGUGCUUUAAAGAAAGGAAAUGUUUCUAGUAAGAGAAAGCAAACUAAUUCUAAGAAAGAAGUAGUAGAAGCUGUGCGCAAUACUUUAGGUACGUUUAUGAAAGAUGAUGCUCUUAAUAGAAGAAAACAAACUGCCAAUAACAAAAUAUCUUCUCAUUUGGUAGAGAAACCUAGAGGAAAACAAAAAUAUUAUAUUUUCCCAGCUAACUUUUGGUUAUAAGACACAACAUUAUUUAGAUAACGCUUCAUAAAUUGAUAAAAUAAAAUAUUUG